CCCGAGAUACCAAUGGAGUAAAAAUGGCGGCCUGCUGACGUGACGUCACUAUGAACCCCUCAUGACCCCUGAUAUUUCUAUUACCACGUGCUAGAGUUGUGACAGAUCCACGCGCAAGGCAUGAUGGGGUGUAUCAGAACUGUCUCAUCUCGAACUCUGCAACAUGGGAGCCAUCAAGAUCUCUCCUGACUACAACUGGUUUCGUAGCACAGUCCCGCUAAAGAGGAUUAUUGUGGAUGAUGAUGACAGUAAAGUGUGGUCUCUGUAUGAUGCUGGCCCCAGAACUGUGCGCUGUCCCAUUAUUUUUCUACCUCCAGUCAGUGGAACAGCUGAUAUAUUCUUUCAUCAGAUACUAGCGCUGACCGGCUGGGGAUAUAGAGUUAUUGCUCUACAAUACCCAAUAUAUUGGGAUCAUCUAGAAUUCUGUGAUGGAUUUAGAAAACUUCUGGAUGAUCUGCACUUGGAUAAGGUUCACUUGUUUGGUGCAUCUCUUGGUGGCUUUCUGGCUCAGAAGUUUGCAGAGUACACCCACAAGUCUCCCAGGGUCCAGUCGCUUGUCCUGUGCAAUGCCUUCAGUGACACCUCCAUUUUUAAUCAAACUUGGACAGCGAAUAGCUUUUGGCUCAUGCCUGCCUUUAUGCUUAAGAAGAUUGUCCUGGGAAACUUUUCCUCCGGCCCUGUGGAUCAAAUAAUGGCAGAUGCUAUUGAUUUUAUGGUAGAUCGGCUGGAAAGUCUCAGUCGAAGUGAGCUUGCAUCUCGUCUCACCUUAAAUUGCCAGAACUCGUAUGUUGAGCCACACAAAAUCCGGGACCUCGCUGUUACCAUAAUGGACGUUUUCGAUCAGAGCGCUCUCUCUACAGAUGCCAAAGAAGAAAUGUACAAGCUGUAUCCUAAUGCCAGAAGGGCUCACCUAAAAACUGGGGGAAACUUCCCAUACUUGUGCAGGAGUGCAGAAGUCAACCUCUAUGUACAAAUUCACCUGCGUCAGUUCCACGGCACCAGAUAUGCAGCUAUUGACCCAGCUAUGAUGAGUGCAGAGGAGUUGGAGGUACAGAAGGGGAACCUACCACCAAGUGAAGAAUCUCAGGAGACUCAAUCUUUACCAUAAGAUAAAACCAUUCCUAUUUCAUUUCAAGAGAGAUGAAAGAAGACCCUUGUAAAAUAAUGAAUAAAAAAUCUCAGCCACUUUAAAGAGCUCGGUAAUCUCUAGGAUUGUUUAUGUCCAAGACAUGACCUGUGUUACAGCUCAGACGUGUGGCUGCACAAGUGACUGUGGACUCUGACCAGACGUUCCAAGGCAUUACCUGUUUCAAGCAAGACACUCAUUGUGUACAGAGCUCUUAUUUUUCCUCCCCUUGUGGAAAUUAUAUUUGGUUCUGACAAGAGAAUACCUGUGUUCUGGACCCCAAUGAUGAGGAAUAAAUCCACCAUAUGAUGUCUAACCAGUACUGUGCAGCAUCCUGCCAUUCUAGCAGCUGACCUUUUAUUUGUUAGAAUUAGUUAACAGUCUGUAUCUGAUCAUCCAUUUAUUAUGUUUGUGCUACCAAGUACUGAGGACACUUUGUGCUGGGAUAAUGGACCAAUGCUGUUAAGCACCGUUAGAAUUUCUGCAAUGGGAAGUAUACCAGACUGUUGAAAAUGGCUUUCAUGGGUCUUCUGCUUCUUCCAACAUUCAAUAUUCGUGUCGUUUAUUUAAAGCUACAAUACCGCCCAGGUAUUAAGCAAUCCAAAUACAAACCCAUAGAGUAUAUUAGACGUUGUUCAUGAUGAGAAAUCCAGUCUAGGACAAUCGAUUGUAAUGUCUUCUGUCAGGAAAUGUUGUUUCAUGCUGUGGAAGAGAAACAAAUACAGGCUCUGUGGGCAGCGAAUCUUCAGGAUGCAUACAGUUCAGACAGGUCCAGUGCCUUAUUUCUUUUUAUCUUAUGUCUGCACUUUGUAUUCUAAGUGCAGUUGUAUAUAGUUUAGCUGUAUAUUAAAUAGCUGUUUUGAGGAUUCUGUGUUUUGUAGUAUGUGAUUAUAUGGAUUUUCAAUCUCCUUUACAUUUUCUGUGAUACUUUGAAGUGCCAAUCUCCAUAAAUACAGGAGGAUACAAUGUCAGGCUUUUGACAGACUUUGUGUUUCAAUAAAGCAGUAAUAGUAUUCUAUGUUUUCAUUUAAUUUAUUAUCCUUUUUUUUGAGGCUCCAUUUUCCCUAAAGAUAGGUAGAAAGUUUGAUGACCAUACAGCCCCACUUUACAAAGAAGCCACUGUUCAGCUCUGAUAAUGUUACAUCCUCUGAGACCUGUACUCUGUGGUAAAUUAUGAUACCUGGGGCACUGUAAUAAUCUGCUAAACAAGCAAUCAACAGAAAUGCAGUUUGUUUUUCUUUGUUUUCUUAAUGCUGCUUAUUCAACUCCUGUUAAAGGGGUACUCUGCCCCUAGACAUCUUAUCCCCUAUCCACACCACCCCGUGGUGAUGUCUAGAAAAAAAUGAAAAAAGCAAUCUGAUUGCAUGCUAGGGGCAACUGCACCACUGCUUCUCUAGACAGGUUUUUAUAGAUAUCCCCCAAUGAGAUUUGCAAAGAAUACUUGAACAGUCUGCUUUGCUAUUUUCAGCUUUUCAACCAGCUGAAAGGGGCUGGGUGACCCUUAAUCUUGGGGGGGGGGGGGGGCAGAUACCACUUCUUUUUAGGCAUUUGAUAUAUUCUGUAGAUACCAUAAUUGUCAAGUUGGGAAUGCUCCUCAAAUUGCUGGGCCUCUAUGGAAGAAGCUCAUGAUACUUUAUAUAUCUGUAAGGAUGACCAGGCCAAAGAAGUGUUCUCCAUCAGUCCUAUAUACUUCAGAGAACAAUAAGAUACAGAAGCAGGCAUUAGUGUGUCACUGUCAUUUAAAUAAACUUUUUUCCACACAGUCAUGUCCAAAGUUAAUAUUGGUGACCCUCUCCAAUUGUAGCACACUUCACUUUCUGGCUUGGCGCCCAGUCCGAAUGAUUUAGGGCUCGUUCAUACUACCGUUGUGCUCGCUUGACUGUCACUGUAACGACUGGAGUUGCGCGGAGAAAAACAAUAGUGCAUGUAUUUUCUUUUUACAUUAACUCAACUCAGAUAAAAUACCAGAUCCCUGAUAGACCCCAUUCAAGUCAAUGGGACAUGGCUUCUCCUGCAUUGAGCGCCAAUCCGUGGAGUUACUGCAGGCUUCAACCAGCUGUCUCUAAUGAUCAGACAGGUCUUCGCAUUGGGACCCUGACCAAUCUUAAUUUUUGACAUGUCUAUGCGACAUGUGAAAAAUUUCCAUAAAUAAGUUACUCUUUAAAGUCCUCACACUAAGUCAUCAGAUGGAUUGAGUAAUGAAGCAGUCAGUCAGGUUUGAUAUGAGCCGGUUCAUGUUAUAGUUUUUACUAAUUUGUGUAAGGUUUAUAAUAAAGAUCAUAGUAUGACUUCAUAAGUAGUUGUGG